AUGGUCAAAGCAGCAAUCGGUCAGAUAUGCUCCACAGCAGACUUGUCACAUAACCUUGAGCAGUGCAGAACUCUCGUCAAGAAAGCUGUUGCUGAAGGUGCAAAGGUCCUCUUCCUCCCUGAAGCCGCCGACUAUAUUGGAGGGUCGCCAGACGAAUCCUACAACCUCUGCAAGUCCGUCACCGAGUCACCAUUUGUCCUAGGUCUGCAAGAGGAGGCAAAGAAGAACAACCUCUGCAUCAACGUUGGCAUUCACGAGCCCUCGGAGGCACCCAAGAAGAUCAAGAACACUCUCAUUUGGAUCGACGAGCAUGGCGACAUCACUCACCGCUACCAGAAGCUACAUAUGUUCGACAUGGAGUUAGAUGACGGUCCAUGCAUGAAGGAGAGCGAUACUGUCGAGCCUGGCAACAGCAUCCUAGCCCCCUUCGACUCGCCUGUUGGUAGGGUCGGGUCAUGCAUCUGCUUCGAUCUACGCUUCCCCGAACUUGCUCUCGCCCACAAGCGCCAAAAUUGCGACGUACUCUGCUAUCCUUCAGCCUUCGCACCUGACACUGGCAAAUAUCACUGGCACGCAUUACUGAUGGCUCGUGCUAUCGAGACACAAUCGUAUGUUCUCGCUCCUGCUCAAGUCGGCCCUCACAACAAGAAAAGAUCAAGUUUCGGUCACUCUUUGAUCGUCGAUCCAUGGGGCAGAAUCCUCGCAGAGCUGGGCAAUUUGUGGGAGCCAGAACUUGCCACUGUUGAGAUUGACCAUGAUCAAAUAGCGAAGAUCAAGAAGGGUGUACCUCUUCACAGAAGAAUUGAUGUAUACGCCGAGGUAUAG